CUUCCUCCUACUCCUCCUCUCCUCUUCCAGCAUGGAGAACACUACAGGAUGGAGUUGUUUGAGGGAGCUGACUUUGCUGACCAGUGUGUUGAGGUGUGUGAUGACGUGCCCUUCCUGCAGGGACGCGGUCUGACCAAGAACUGCAUCAACUCUCUGAAGGUCUACGGAGACGGAGCCUGGGUGCUUUAUGAGGAACCUAACUUCCGUGGCCGUAUGUAUAUCGUGGAGAGAGGAGACUACUGUAGUCACGUGGAGUGGCAGGCCCAGAACCCCAACAUCCAGUCCAUCCGCAGGGUUGUCAACUACUUUUAAACUACGACCCCUGACCUCUGACCUUAGUCCGAGGGGUCAAACCUGGGAUGUCAACCAGUAAGGGGCACAACUUUACGGAAAAUGUUCAGAUGACAUAGUCAGUUCUAUUCAUGACAUUUGUAUCUGUAACAUUCUGAACGUGUCACCUCACUGAAUGUGAAUACAUCCCUGGUUAGAAAAUACAUACAUACAUACAUACAUACAUACAUACAUA